AAAUGGCAGCAGCUGAAGGCACAUCUCAAGACAUCAACAGAACGCCAACAACAUUUCACGUGAAGAAGAGUCUGAAGCUUAAACAACUAAAGCGCAGAGGUAAGAACAAAAGAAAAUCUUCAAAGCCAGCUGCUGCAGCUUCUGUGGAUGUGAUGUUAGAGUAAAAUGAUGAGCAACUCAAUCCUUGUACUAUUUCUGAGAGGAGACAGUGUAAAGAUUGUUUUGCUUAGGAGAAUAUUAUUGAUCCCUCGAUAGCUUGUAACAUGAUAAAGCACCUUUCUAUCUCUUCUAUUAUUUGAUCCAUAACUUUACAGUA